AUGUACAAUUUAACCACUUCUUUUCCUUUUCCUUUGAAUCCUCCUAAGGAAUUAAAUAUGACACCUGUGCAUACUGACUCCAGAGACACGGCCAACUUCUCUUUGCAAAAUCUUACAAUUGCUUUUGGAAACUGCACUGAUGAAGGUGGCUCUUUCCAGAAUGUCUAUUUGUCCUUAAUUUAUACCGUUCUCUUCCUGGUGUGCUUUCCAGGGAACAUUUUUGUGAUUUCUGUAUAUGUCUUCAAAAUGAAACCUUGGAAAAGCAGCACUAUUAUUAUGUUAAACCUGGCCAUUACUGACCUGCUGUACGUCUCUUGCCUUCCCUUCUUGAUCCAUUAUGCCAUCAAUGGAGAAAACUGGAUCUUUGGAAACUUCAUGUGCAAGUUCAUCCGAUUCAACUUCUACUUCAACACGUACAGCAGCAUCCUCUUCCUCACCUGUUUUAGCCUCUUCCGUUUUGUUGUCAUCAUCUAUCCCAUGAGUUGCUUUUCCAUUCAGAAGCGGAGGUGGGCCAUUGUGGCUUGCAUUGUGGUCUGGGUCCUUUCGCUAUUGGCUGUCAGCCCAAUGAUUUACCUGAUCACAACAAAACAAAUCUCUAAUCGACUGAUCUGCACGGACCUGACAAAUUCUGAACCCCUGAACUCUGCAAGGUGGUUUAAUUGGAUCCUAACCAUAUUUGGCUUCUUCUUGCCUUUAGUAGCUGUGACUCUUUGCUACGCUGUGAUUAUCUACACAUUGGCCCAAGGGCCCAGCACAGGCACCACUCACAAGCAAAAAGCCCGUAUGCUAGCCAUUGUCCUUCUGGCUGUCUUUUAUGUGUGUUUCUUGCCUUUUCACAUAUUUCGAGGACUUCGUAUUGAGUUAAAGCUACACCCUGUAGACUGCAGCACAAUGAAGCAGGUCCGAGACAUGUUUGCUGUGACCAGAUCCUUAGCUUCAUUAAAUACCUUUGGCAAUUUAAUCCUUUAUGUUUUGCUUGGAGAUAAUUUCCAGCAGGCUUUUCUUUCAAUCUGUAAAAUGUUCAUAAAAUCACAUAAAAAAUAG